UAAUGAUGGGCUUCAUGCACAAAUCAAAUCACAAUCCCACGGCUGCCUAAAUUGAAUCUCAACCAACAUAAUUAGCAGAGGUUUCAAAUUUCUGAUUCCAAACCCCGUAUAGAUUCACACAAUCCAAAACAAUAUCAACAUUAUCAUGGCGAGAAGAAAGGCUCGUUUCCGUCUGUCUCCUCAACAUAAUUCGAUUAUCAAUUGAAGAAAACUUGUAUCCAUCAUCGAAUAUUCUCUCAUACUAUUAUUAUUAUUCAUACAUUAUUGCAAUUUCAAUUCAAUUUACCACAUAAACAACCAAUCCCACCACCUUCAACAAGAAAGUUUAAUGAAAUGUUGAAGAUUUGGCGAUGGUAUACAAAUUGUUUAGCUGUUCAUCCGGUGAAAACACAGGUUAUCAGCUCCGGUUUAAUUUGGGGACUUGGUGAUCUCGCCGCUCAGGCUGUUACACGCGCCACCGCUGUUAAGAAAAAAAACCUUUUCCUUUCCGAUGAAGAUAAUAUACAUAUCAAUUGGAGACGAGUUGUUACCACAAGCAUUUUUGGUAUGGCGUUUGUUGGCCCAAUUGGUCACUUCUGGUACGAAGGCUUAGAUCGUUUUCUAAAGUGUAGAUUCAAUUACCCACCAAAAUCGAUGCGAUUUGUUGCCAUGAAAGUAGCCCUAGAUGGGAUCAUAUUCGGUCCGGUUGAUUUAUUUGUAUUUUUUACUUACAUGGGUUUUGCAUCCGGUAAAAAUGUAAAUCAAGUGAAAGAAGAAGUGAAACGCGAUUUUUUACCAGCCUUAAUUGUAGAAGGCGGGAUAUGGCCCAUUGUUCAAGUGGGCAAUUUCCGGUUUAUACCCGUGAGAUACCAACUUUUAUAUGUCAAUCUUUUCUGCUUGUUGGAUAGCUGUUUCCUUUCAUGGCUUGAACAACAACAAGAUGCUGCUUGGAAACAAUGGUUCAAGACUUUUUCUUUUAAAGAACAAAAAAGUCGAGAUGGAUGAAUUUUUUUUUCUUUCCCGAGUUGACUCACUACUGAUUCUUAUCCAACCUUCAUGACUCGGUAGUCUUGACUGAUUUUGUAUGUUAAGGCUUGUGUUUGAAGGCAUGAUAAGGAUGUUAUUUUC